CGUGGGCAUCUGGCGGGAAGGGGGAGGCAAGAGGGGGCAGUUGCCUCCCCUGGACUGAGCCAAUUCCCAUUGAAUUCAAUGGGGCAUGCGGCCAGGGAGGGGGGAUAUUGGAUUGCUAGCUUUGCCCCCGCCCUGAAAAAGUCCUGAGGACGCCUAUGUGACCGCGCACCCCACAUCUUGCUGUGAGCGGAGUCUCUCCCCAAGGAAGCGGCUUGCUCUCACUGCGCUUCUGCCUGAAGGCAGCGUGGCUCAGUUGCCACGAAACUGAAAGCAGCGGUGAGGACUGGAGCGCCUGGCCGGGGCACAGAGCUACUUCCUCGCUGCAACACAGCAGCGCCGCCAGUUGCUCCUGCCGCUUCAGCGGCCCUUGAAAGGGGCAGGGCCCAGUCACGGCAGCAGGAAAAGUUUACUCUGCGCUGCAGAGCGGCUGGCUUGAGGGACUGAGGCGGCUCCAGUCCCGGCGGCGACGCUGCUUUCCCGGGAACAAGGCGGAGGUGGGAGCGUGCACGCGCGGCGGCUAUUCCGGCAGGCCGCCUUUGCAAUCUCCAACUCAGCUUGUUUUGUAUCUUGGUUUCCAUGGCCUCUGAAGAACUUGCUGGCCACUUACCAAAUUCCUAUACACGUCAAAAUUCUACAAAUGCAGUUUCAUUAGACUUUGAGCCUGAUGCCAACUAUCAGUUUGUGGAAACCUUAGAAGAACGGUACAAAUGUACCUAUUGCCAUCAAGUCCUCCAUAAUCCUCAUCAGACAGGAUGUGGGCACAGAUUUUGCCAGCGCUGCAUUAGCUCUCUGAGAGAACUGAAUGCAGUACCCACUUGUCCUGUUGACAAAGAAAUGAUAAAACUUCAAGAGGUCUUCAAAGACAACUGCUGUAAAAGGGAAGUUCUCAAUUUGCAAGUUUUUUGCAGAAAUUCUCCAACCUGCAAUGCAAAAACAUCUCUGGGGAGAUACCAGGAUCACUUACAACAGUGUUUGUUUGAAAGUGUGCUGUGCACAAAUGAAGGAUGUUGUGAAAAAAUUCUUCAGAAGGAUCUGAAAGAACAUUUAGGUUUACAGUGUAACUUUCGAAAGGAACCCUGCCAAUAUUGCAAACAGCCUGUGGUGGUAUUUAAUCUAAAGAUCCAUGAGAGAACAGCUUGUCCUGAGUAUCCUUUGAUUUGUCCCCAAGGCUGCAUGCAGAUAAUUCUGACAAAGGAGAUAGAAGAGCAUGUCUUGGUAUGUCCUGAGGUGGAAACGGAUUGUCCAUAUAAACAGUAUGGCUGUUCUGCAAAGAUUAAAAGAGGAAAGCUUUCAGAUCACGAGAAUGCAUACUUGAGAGAGCACAUGCUACAGAUCUUAGACAAGAACUCAAAGCUGGAAGAUCAGAUUUCCAACCUCUAUAAGAACCUAGAACACAAAGAAAUUAAAAUCCAGCAGCUAGCAGACACAGUUAAAAAGUGUGAAAAAGAAUUCAGGCAGUUUACACAGCUGGUUGGUAAAAACAGCAACUUGCUGAUGAGCACUCAGACUCUGGCAAUUCAUGUUGAUAAAUCUGCCUGCCUGGAAACGCAAGUGCGGCAGCUGGUACAAAUGGCAAAUCAGCAGCAGAAUAAAUUUGACUUGAGAUCACUGCUGGAAACUAUUGAUAACAUAAAGCAAAAAGUUGCAUUUCUGGAGUCAUAUGAUCAGCGUUUAGUUGUUUUAGAAGACUUGUCCAAUCAACAUGAUGUCCACCUCGGUGUCCACAAGGCACAACUUAAUAAAAAUGAAGAAAGGUUUAAGCUUUUGGAAGGGACAAGUUACAAUGGGAAGCUGAUUUGGAAAAUCAUAGACUACAAGAUGAAGAAAAAUGAAGCUGUGGAAGGCCGCAUUGUUUCUGUAUUCAGCCAGCCCUUUUACACCAGCCGCUGUGGGUACAGAUUAUGUGCCAGAGCAUAUCUGAAUGGCGAUGGUUCGGGAAAGGGGACACAUGUUUCUCUGUACUUUGUAGUGAUGAGAGGGGAGUUUGACUCCUUGCUACCAUGGCCUUUCAAACAAAAAGUUACAUUGAUGCUUCUGGAUCAAAGUGGGAAGAAAAAUCACAUAGUUGAAACCUUUAAGGCCGACCCCAACAGCAGCAGCUUCAAAAGACCCGAAGGAGAAAUGAAUAUUGCCAGUGGGUGUCCCCGGUUUGUGGCACACAGUGUACUGGAAAAUGCAAAGAAUACCUACAUCAAAGAUGAUACACUUUUCCUAAAAGUAGUGGUGGAUUUAACUGAUCUUGAGGAAUUAUGAAAGUGGAAGAGAACUACUGAAAGGCUUAAAGAAGGGAUUUGGUGAUCACUGGAUAAUUUCUGACAAUGAGGAAAUGGUGCUCUUCAGUCUGCUGGUCUAUUUUUGUGUUGAGUACUUCAGAGUUGCAUUAAGAAAACCUGUGAAGUGAGGAGAAUUUUAACUCUCUAGUAAAACUUGGUGUUCUGAAAACUUUUAAUGCAUGUUUGAAAAUCCCUAACUGGGUCACUAUCUCAGGAGCCAUGUUUUCAGGUGAUACUGAGGCAACAUGUUCUGGAACCAACAGGCAGGUCCAUGGGUUCCCUACAUUGUGAAAGGUGCUAAUUACUAGAGAAUAUGAAAGCAGACUAAUGUCUUGGUUACUAGAUUGAGACAACUUCCCCCAGUCACAGCCCAGUCCCAUGCAAACUUACUCAGAAGUACCACUUUUAGUGGAGCUUAUCCUUAAAUUUGGAUAUUGCUUCUGAAUCACCUUUUUAAAAAUCUGCAUGUGCAUUUGAAGAUAUGGCUGAAUAGACCCAAUUUGCAAACUGUGAUCUUCACAUCUUUUGAAAGUGAAGGUGCAAUGCAGAAAAAUCCUGGAACUGUAUUGGAAUACUUAAUUGAAAGUUUUGUCUUAUGGCACUCUUGUAUAUAUGAGUAUGUAGAUUCAGACAGAUCCUUUAAUGCCCAUUGUGGGGUUGUCAUGGCACUGAAUAGUUGGUCAGCCACAAUGCUAGUCUGAUGUCUUAUGUGAUGUGUGUAUGUGGGCAUGUUUCACCUCCCCAAAGGAGUUAAUUACUGGGGUAUCUGCAGAUCAAUAAGCUGGCCUAGCAUAGCAGAGUUUGCUGCUGUUACUACUGCAAGACUUAAACAGGGGACUGGGAAUCCUAUUACACAGGUAAGCAUUUCUGGCUUAGUUCUACACAGAGGGCGUAGCAGAUGAAUCUGUCUUAGUGUUGCAGCAUAGCAAGAGUGUUGGCCUAUGAGUGUACUUCUGACGCCGAUGAGAAGCAAAUGAGGCAUGUGUAUGUUCUGGUGUUCCAUCCUUUAGGAGCUUUGAAACCACUCCUACAUACUUUAUUAAUCUGCUUGCUCAGAAUGCAUGUGAGCACCAACAGCUACCUUCGUGUUAACAUAAUGUGAACUUGGAUUCUAGCACGCAGCACAGAAAAGCACUUUACAAAGCUGUUAUCUAUUUCAACAUAAGAGGCUGUAGUAAUUUCCUUCAAAGGAAUGUGAUUGUUUUGUUUCUAUACACACAGGAUAAUACAUUUUAGUUGAACAUCUUUGUGGACCUUUCAUAAGGAAUCCUAACUCUGCAGGGCUGCUGUCUCCUAGGCCUUUGUAGUAUUGGGAGUGAGACUGGGAAAUGCGGAAAUCUGAGUGGUUAUGGAAAAGGUUAUGGGACUCUUAUAUAGCUUAAUUCCCUCUUUCUCCUUUCCUCCAACCAAUAGGUUUAAUUUGCCUCUCUAGGAUGUAUUGGACUGAUGUAAUAGAACAUUUUGAGCAUGAAAGAGUGGUAUGUUAAUAGCUAUAGGAAUUGUUUUUCUGUUUCAGCUGAAUUUCUUUUCCAUGUCCACUCUGAAAGCAUGUUCAUGUUCUGUCUAAACUGAAAUACCAUUUAAAAGCACUGAUUUGUGUUUACUCUUUCCACUGAAAAUGUUUGUCUGACAUAUUCUCAAAUAAAAGGAGGUAGGUAUAUUUUUUUCAGGAAUGCAGAGUCUCAGCCUGGCGAGUCCGCCAGUCACCUGGGGCGCCUAGAAAAGCAAGAGGUUUGCAGAGCAUGUUGCUUCACAGUUGAAUGUUCCAAUAGUCCUUUCCCACCUGUAUUUCAGGACUGCUGCCUACAAUUACAAGAGCAGGGUGGACAAGGGAAAAUAUUGGGGCGUCAAGGCAGGAGGUGCUAUUGCAUAUUCCUGUGACCUCUAGCCUCUUAAAAGUGACAAACUGGGACCUAACAACCCUAUUUACUUUUAUACCACUGCCUUGUUUUUAAAGUUUUUGUAAAGAGAUAGACUUUAUUCUAAUAAAUAACCUUAUUUAUUAGAAGUUUCCCAUUUGUAGUACUGAAAAUGUUGUAAUUUAGGUAAGCAGUUUUCUAAGUAUUUUCCAAGAAUUGCUACCAGGGAGUUUGUAAGACCUUCCAUUCAUAGGAUACAAUUUACCUAUAUUUACAGCACUGAGAACAAGAUGUUACAGAAAAACCCAUUUUGGGGGGAGGUGAAGCCUCAACUGUUGCCCUAAAGCGUGCAUAUCUUCUGCACCAAUUGGAUAUUUUUAGAUGUAUUUAUUGCUUUAGUUUGUAUCAAUGGUUUAAGUUUUCAAUAAAGAAGUUUAAAAAACAAGA